AUGUGGAAUUUUACUGACGAUCAAUCACAAGCGAGCACCUCCAAACGCAGGUUUUCCGGUAAUCAAUAUCGGGGUCGUGAAGCUCUGAUGUUUUCCCUGGGCCGUCAACAAGCCGCUUUGGGAUUGGAAUUGAUACCUCGGUUUGACAGCCUGCAAAGGCAUCGGGGAUUUGGGGAGACCAGAUUCAAUAUUUCUCCUCUUCGGUAUCAGAACUUUCAGGACGAUACUAUUAGCGGAUUACUCCAGUGCCCCCACUUUCAUGGCUCCUGCCCGCUUCUCAUUAUCAGAUUGGGGCCGAUAAGGGGAUCGCAACUCGCGGUUAGAGACUGGAUCUUUCCAACUGUCAAAGGAAUAGCACUUCCAACAGUGCCUUAUGAAAUGGCAUAA